AUGUUUAAUAUCCUUUUAUCUCAAUUACUUGAAUUAAACGAUCCUAUAAGCCAAAUAUAUAUUUUGUUGCAAAUCCGUCAGUUAAUUAUCAACAAUGAAGGUUCCAAGCUAUUUUUUCGAGAAUGUGAAGGUUUUGAAAAGAUUAUGUUUUUUUUAUACUCAAAUUUUCUCAACGAUAAAAUUAUAAAUACUCAGCAAAAAGCAGCACAUUAUUUUCCUGAGCAGUCUAUUCAAGUAAUUUGUUUAACAUUUACUCUUCUAUCAACAGCUAUUUCUUGGGAUCCUUUUAAUACAGAUUAUUUUUUCAAUUACUGUGAUAUAUCAUCAUUUAUUCUUAAAACAACACUUCUUCAAAAUGAUCCUGAAACCCUUUUAGGAAUACUAUUUUCUUUUGCAUUUAAUGAAGAAUCUUUGCAAUCAUCUUUUAAAAGUAUCAAAGAACAAUUGAAAUUAGAGAAUCAUGAAGAAAAAGAAAUGCAAAAACACAUUUUUAAUAAACUCUAUAAACUAAUAAAACAUAAGUUUUCAGAAAAAGACAUUAUUAUAAACCCUAAAAUACUUCCUUUAAUACUUUACAUACAAAAAGAUCUAAAAACAUCAUGGCUUCGGUUAUCAAUACUUUUAAUUUUCGACUCUUUACUUGGAGAUUGUAUUUCAGAAGCGAAUCUUGUAGCAUUUACUAAUAAUAAAAUACCGUCUAUUAUUAUCAAAAGACUUUUCAAUAACAAUUCAUUAACCUUAGAUUUACUAGAAAAGGAAUUAUUCUUAGAAUUAAUCACUAAAUUAUGCAAAAAUGGCUUACCUACAGAAGAUAUUUUUUUUCUUUUACAAGAAUUUUCAAAAAAUUUCACAAAAAAUAAAGAACUUUCAUCAUUUCUUCUACACCUAUUUUCGCAAGAUCAAAGUCCAUCUCAUAUUCAAUUUAAUCUAUCUCUACAUGGAUAUUCUUAUAUUCAGUUCUCUUCCCUAUAUAAGCUAUUUCCUCCUUUUAACGGCUAUUCUAUGUUUUUUUGGAUUAGAUUCGAUAUGUUUGAUGAAGCUUUAGAUACAAAUAUACUAGGAAUUUUAGAUAAUCAAAAAAAAUACAUAUAUAAACUCUUUCUAGACAAACAUAACAAAAAUCUAUCAUUUCAAACAUCGUUUAAAAAUCUUAAUAAAUUUUCACUUUAUAAAUUCGAAAAAGAUUUAUGGUAUCAUAUAGCACUAAUUCAUCAAAAAUCAAAAUCCGUAAUAUCAUCUAAGCUUUCUCUUUUUAUAAAUGGACAACAUAUCGAAAGCAUUGAAUGUCCAUAUCCUUUAGUUAACCAAGAUAAAUUACCCAUUCAAUUGCUUAUAGGAACACCUCAAGAAUUAUCAGUUAAUUAUGGACAAAAUAAAUCAUCGAUUAAAUGGAGUCUAUCAAGUUUUUUAAUUACCGAAGAUAUAGUUAAUCAAAAUAUAAUAGAAUUAUAUUAUUAUUCAGGACCAUACUAUAAUUGGGAUUAUCAAAAUUUUUUGAAAAAAUCAGUAUUAGGCUCUACAACAAUAUUAAAUGUUUUAGAAAAAACAAAAUAUCUUGAGAAAAUUAUAGAAAUAAAUAUGACCGAAAAUAAAAUAUCUACAUCUAUACUAAACGAUAAAGUACUGUUCUAUAUUUGUGAAGAUUCAAUACUUAAUAUUAACUCUUUCAACAAGUGGGAUGAUUCGGAAAAAAUAAUUAAAAAAAUUAUCCAAUCAAUACAUAAAAAACUAGCUAGUGACGUGGUAGUAUUAAAUAAAGCAAUACCUUUUUCAAGUAAUUGCAUAGCUAGUCAAACACGAGUAGGAUUGCUUUUAGGUAAUCCUACUAAUGUUGUAGUCAAUAACAUUGAAGACUCUAUUUAUUGUAUAGGGGGGCCUACUUUAGGACUUAAAUUAAUUGAAAUUUCAAAAACACCUAAUGAUAUAAUAUAUGCUACCAAACUUACAUUAUCUUUUAUCAAAAACAGUAAAAAAAAUUUAGAAGAUAUGGAAAAAAAUUAUGGAUAUGAAAUUCUUUCAAAAAUACUCAAAAGUAAAGAAGAUUUUAUAAUUAAUAUUCAUCUUCUUAGCUCUAUUUUAUCAUUUUUAGGGUAUGAUGAAAUAAAUCCUAAAAAUUCUAUAAUUUCAAAUAUUUUAGCAUAUAAAUUUUUAAUUUUAGACUUUGAAUUAUGGAAAAAAGCAAAUCAGAAAACCAUAAAACUUUAUAUGCAGCAAUUUUUAUCAUUCAUUUUAAAAAGUUCAUAUGCAGAAUUUAAUAUAAAAUGCCUGAAUAAAAUACGUAUAAUGAAAAGAAUUAUUAUAGCAUUAAAAUUAGACUAUAUAACUGAGGAUAUUUUCCCAUUAUUUUCUAUUACUUUCAAAACUUUAAUAAAAAUUUAUUUUACUCCGGAGACAAUAAAAAUGAUUGCAACAUAUAUUAUUUAUGGUCUUUAUAAAGAACCUAAAAAUACAAACUAUGAAAACACAAGACUUCUAACAACAUCAUUAUUCAAAAAUAACUCAAAUUCUAACAAUAACUUUAAUAAAAAUCAAUUUAGCUCAAUUCAUGAAACAUCAUUACGUAAAAAAGCCAUUUGGACUCUUGAGAUUCUAUCCGAUAUUUUAUGUGAUUCGCAAAAUGAAUCGUUUAUAAAAAACUUUUCAGCAAUAAUUACAGAUAAAUGGCUAUUAUUGUUGCUAUCAGACAAAAAUCCUAAAUGUGUUAUAUAUAGCUUAAGAAUUAUUUAUCAGCUAAUAUUAAAAAAUCCCGACUAUAUAUAUAGAUUUUCAUCAAAAACUAACGGGUUCCUUUCCAUGGGACUAUAUUUAAAGAAAUGGUGGAAUAAUGUUAGUAUUUGGAAAAUUAUUUUAUGUCUUUUUUUUGGAAUGAAUAUCUUAGAUAAAAAAAAAAUCUUAGAUGUCAAAGAUUUCAAUCUAUUUCUUCAAUCUUUACUAAAAGAAAACGAAAAUAUUACAAAAGUACUUUGUUUUGAAAUCUUUGAUGUAAUUCUUGUAAUGCUUGAAUCUGGGAUUUACAAUUUAAAACUAUUUCAGACAAAAAGUAUUAAUUUUUCAAAAGAUGAUCUAAACACAUAUGUACCGUUAUAUAGGAACAUAAUACGAAAACGUUCUAAUUCCUUAAACACAAUUUAUGAUAAAAUAGGUAGGAAUUCAAAAGACUAUGAAUAUACAGAAAAUUUUGAAAAGUCCGACUACUAUGAGAACUUUGAUACGAUUUUUUAUAUCGUAAGAUUCAUAAAAAAUAUAAUUUCUUCAAUUACAUGCGUUAAAGAACAUACGUUAUCAUCUUACUUUAUAGAAAGAUUCCUUUAUAUUGUUUUUCCUUUUAUAUCUUUAAAAAAUCAUAUUAGGAAAGAUAUACGUAUUUCAAAAAACGUAUCAAAUACAUCAAACAAAAACAUCAUUAUUAAUACAUUACAUUUUAAAAAUAAUCAUAUUCCAACUUUAUGGAGAUUAAGUACUAUACAUAAUAAUUCUCUUUUUUCAAAAUAUUUUAUAGAAACUAUUUUACAUAAAAACAUAUCAAUAAUUUUUCUAGAAUCUACGAUAGAAAAAGCAAAUAAAUUAUCUACUUAUUUUGAUUCAAAAUUAUCCAAUUCAUCAGAAUUAACUAAUGGAAAAUAUGAUAUAUUAUUAAUAUAUGAAAUAUUAUUCCAAUUAAUCAUCAGUAAUACUGUAGAUAGUAUUAUCAAUCCAUCAAAAAAAUAUAUUCUAAAGCUUAAUAUUCAGAUACCAUUAUGUUUUUUUGGAGAGCAAAUUUAUGUCGAAUUAUACAUAUUAUAUACUACUUUAAUAAAAUUACAUAAAACUAUAUAUAAUCAAUUAGAUAAACUUAAUGAAAUAUCAGUACUUUUAAACAUAUAUAAUUUUUCUAAAGAUUGUAUCAACUGUGUUCUUAAAGGCAAUUUUUUUAUGUGUGAGAGUCUUUUCGAUUUUUUAUUAUUCAUUCUUGAAUAUAUUCAUGAAAUUAAUACCAAAAAACAAGAAAAAACCUAUGAAUGCAUAUUUAUUGACAUUCAACAAUGCAUUUAUCAUGUUUUAUUUCAACAAUUGUCUAUUUUCGAAAACUAUAAUAAAGAGAAAAAAAUUCAUAAUUUUAUUGAAAAAAUUCUAUAUUAUAAUCAUAUAAUAUUUUAUCCAUCAACAAAUACUCAAGAAUUUAUUACUCAUUUUUGCUACUGGCUUUAUAUUUUCCUUUUUAAUAAAUCAUAUAAUUUACGCAUAGCAAUAAUAAAUAUAUGGAAACUAAUUGUUCAGAAAAAAUUCCAUGAAUUUUUUUAUAUACUUAAUCAAAUCAAACUAUUAGAUUACGAUAUUAUUAAUACUUUUUUGAAUAUAUAUAAUUUUAGUCCCGAAUUCAUUUUAUCCUGGAUAGACAAGAAUAAGUAUAUAUUGAAUAAUACAUUUUUCAAAUAUUUAAGUAAUUCUUGGAAUCUUUAUAUUAAAAUUCAACUUAAAAAUUGGAAAAAAAAAAUAUUAUUAGAUAAACAAGCUAGACAUGACAAACUUAAUUUACAAAAAAACAGAGAUAUUCAUAUUUCUAAUAUGUUUAUUAAACACAAAUCAUUGUAUUCUAAUUGGUGUAAAAACAUAAUCUUGUUGCAACAUAACAAAUUUAAAAAAUAUAUACAAAAUCGAAUCGAUUUAGAUAUUUUUUUAAAUUCUAUUUGGUUAAAAAUAGUCAGCAACUUAACAGAGGAUCACUGUGUUUUUGCAAUUAAUAAAAAAAAAAAAUGGAAGCUGGGUUUUACUGAAGGAAGAUCAAGAAUGAGAAAAAAAAUGGAGCCUGACAUUGAUCAAAGCCCUAUAAUAAAAUCAAAACUUGAACAAAAAGAUUCAAUUAAUAAAGGAAAAACAAAAAAAAUAAACUUAAACAUUAAUGAUCAAGAUCAUAAAGAAAAAACCUGUUUAUCUUACGGCCUUAAAAAUAAUAUAAAUCAGACCGAUACUGACAAAACAAUUUCUAUUUUACAAAAUUUCAACAAUUUUACAAUAGAAUAUCUUAACGAAACUAAUGAGUUUAAAGAUAACAAAAAUAAAAAAAUAUUACAAAGUUUAGAACACGGCGAUUAUGUAUUGGAUGUUUAUAAUAUAUGUAAAAUAAAUGGUCUAAAUGCAUUUGAAGGAUUACUAAUUUUAGGAAAAAAUAAUCUAUAUUUUAUGAGUAAUUAUUUUCAAAAAUCUACUGGAGAAAUUACUACUAUUUGGGACCAAAGUAUAAAAGAUGAACGAGACUUAUAUAUUCAAUUACUUUUAGGUAGAGAUAUAAUAUCUAAGGAAGAGAAUUCUCCUUUCAAAAAUAAACAUAAAACAAAAAAAUGGCCAUUUAAUCAAAUUUUAUCUGUUUAUCGAAGAAGUUUUUUAUUUAGAGAUGUUGGUCUUGAACUUUUCUUUAGCAACAGGAAAAACUACUUAAUUGUAUUAUCUAUUAAAGAAAGAGAAACAGUUUAUAAAAAACUACUUUCUAGAUUAAAUAAAAUUAAUUAUCCUUUAUCUAAUGAUUCUAUUAUAAAUAAUAAUCUAAUAAACAGUAUUAAAUCACAAACAUUCAUUACAAAAUUUACUUCUCACAUAACAGAUAUAUUUGAUUCUUAUUCUUUUUUAAGAAAAUGGAAAAAUGGAGAAAUAUCUAAUUUUCAUUAUCUUAUGAUUAUAAAUACAUUAACAGGAAGAACUUACAAUGAUCUUACACAAUAUCCAAUUUUUCCAUGGGUUUUAGCAGAUUAUAGUAGCGAAGAACUUGAUCUUACUAAUCCGAAAUCAUUUCGAGAUUUUUCAAAACCUAUGGGAGCUCAAAAUCCUAUACGUAAAAGUGAAUUUGAAAAACGAUUCAAAUCAUUCCAAGAAAUAGAAGAUAAUUCCCAACCUCCUUUUCAUUAUGGAACUCAUUAUUCUUCUGCUAUGAUAGUGUCUUCUUAUUUAAUUAGAUUAAAACCAUUUGUUGAUUCAUAUCUUUUAUUGCAAGGUGGAUCUUUUGACCAUCCUGAUAGAUUAUUUUAUUCUAUUGAAAAAACAUGGCGUUCUUCAUCUCAAGAAAACAUGACAGAUGUACGUGAAUUAAUUCCAGAGUUUUUCUAUCUUCCAGAAUUUUUAGUUAAUUCAAAUAAUUAUAAUUUCGGAGUAAAAGAAAAUGAUGAAAUUAUUGAUUCAGUAAUUUUGCCACCAUGGGCAAAAGGAGAUCCCAAACUUUUUAUAAAAAAACAUAGAGAAGCCUUAGAAAGUGAUUAUGUUAGUAGGCAUCUUAACGAAUGGAUUGAUUUAAUUUUUGGAUUCAAACAACAGGGUGAAUUAGCUGUAAAAGCUACUAAUAUAUUUCAUCAUCUUUCAUACCAAGGUGCCAUAGGUAUAAUAUAUAAUUUUGGCCAAACACCUAAACAACUUUUUCAACAACCGCAUCCUAAAAAAGCGUAUAAUCCAAGAAAUUCUAUUAUUACAAAAAAAAAGCCAUAUAUUGGAAAAUUUGAAAAAAAUAUAAAUUUUUUAAUCCAAACUAUAAUGUUUUUUAAAGAAAAUGAUUUUUCUAUAAAAAAUAUUAUAUAUUUAAAAAAACUAAAUAAAAUUAUUGGAUGUCCUUCAAACCGUAUAUAUAUUCUUCCUAAUAUUAACAAUUAUAUUCAAUGGGAUAUAGUUGGAGGAGACAUAGAAUUUUGUAAUAAAGAAAAUAAAAAGAUUUCAAGAUCAUUUCACAAGCUCCAUUUUAAAAAAAUAACAUGUGGUUGUUUUAUAGAGCCAUAUACGUUGAUAACUGGAAGCGACGAUUGUAUUAUUUAUAUAUGGCAUAUUAUGCAAAAAAAGACAAUAGAAUUUGAAGCAAAAGGUUGUUUACGAGGACAUUCUAAACCUAUUAUAUCUAUCGAUUCAUCACAAUCAUUUAGUAUUAUUGUAUCUGGAUCAGAGGAUGGUUUAGCCAUAGAAUGGGAUUUAAAUAAGGCAUGCUAUAUUCGUACACUAGAAAGAAGUAACAAGCCUAUACAGUGUAUUUCAAUAAAUGAUACAAAUGGAGAUAUUGCAACAUGUUCAGGAACAACAAUUUCUAUAUGGACCAUUAAUGGUGAUUUAUUGUUACGUCAAAAUAUUCAAUUUAAUGAAAAUGAUAUGAUAUUUAGUUGUAAGUUUUAUGAAGGGAUUAAUGAUGAAUGGAUAGAAUGUGAUUUAAUAUUUACUGGUCAUAGACUUGGAAUUGUUCGAAUAUGGAAUAUUUCAUGGAAAACUGAAAAUGGAAAAUCAGUCAGAGAGCUUGUAAAUAUCAAAACCUUACAACAUUAUAACUAUGUAAAAAAAUCUUUAUUAAUAUCUGAAAUAACUGCGUUAUAUCCUUCUGGAGAAUUACGCUCAUUAUUUACAGGAGACAGACUUGGGAAUAUCUAUAUAUGGAAUCUGCCUGAUACUAUAUAUAAAUCACAUUAUUUAUUAAGUGAAAAAUAUAAUAAUUGUUUUAUAUGUAGAAUUGCAUUUACUAUUAUAGAUCGAAAAUAUAAUUGUCAUCCAUGUGGUGCAAUAUUAUGUUCUAACUGUAUUCGCGAACAUCCUAAAAUAAAAAAUAUAAAAUUGUGUAUCAACUGUAUUUCAUCCUUAGUUUUUUAA